AUGGCCGCUGCGGCCGGGGACGGCGCGGUGAAGCCGCUGCAGUGUGCCAUGAAGCUGGCCAACGGGGCCAUCGAGCUGGAUACCGGCAACCGGCCCCGGGAGGCAUAUACGGAAUACCUGAGGAGCAUCCACUAUAUCUCCCAGGUGCUGUUGGAAGAAGUGGAGACAACCAAAGAAGGUGGGGAAACUGUGGCCCCGGACACCUCAAAGAUGCUGAAGCUGGCCGAGCAGUGUCUGGAGAGGGCCCAGUCAACAGCUGCCAAGCUCGGGAAAACAUACCUGAAGCCAGCCAUGCCCACGGCUGCUCCUGUCCCCUCACCGACCAGCCGACAUCGCCGGGUGUACUCAGAUGAAGGGGGGAAACUCUCUCCCUUUCUGCCGCCCGAGAUCUUCCAGAAGCUUCAAGUGGUAGAGUCACAAAGUUCUAAGAAGGAGCUGACGCCCCUGCAGGAAGCCUCUCUGCAGAACCAGAAGCUGAAGGCCGCCUACGAGGCCCGGAUGGCCCGUCUGGACCCCAGCCAGGCCCUGCAGAAGACCUCCCUGACCCUGUCCCUGCAGCGGCAGGUGAUGGAGAACCUUGUGAUCGCCAAAGCCCGGGAGGAGACCGUAUCCUUUCUGUCCUUCCCUGGUGUCCUGGCUGAAGGAGGCGGGGAGGGGGGAAGUGAAGGUGCCAGGGUCGGAGUGACAGACACAGCCUUGACCCUGCUGGCACAGCUGCGGAGGAAGAGGGAGGAGCGCCGGCUGCGGCUCCAGGAGGCGGCCGACAGCCCUCGGCCCCCGGACGGCACCCACGGCAGCCCCCCCACGCCCCCGCCGCACGCCGGCCCCCCCGAGGGAGGGGCGGACGGCGGCCCCGCCGGGCCUGCCUCCCCCCUGGCACACACCCCGCCGGGCGUGCAGAGCAGACACGGCUCCUUCGAGGACCUCGAACACUUCUUGGCCACUUCUGAGGGGUGGGGCCGGGGGCGUGGGAGGCCGCCCGAGCCCCAGGCCUCGGGGGUGAAGACGGAGCCGUUGUCGGAGCAGCUGAAGAGUACCGUCAAGGACAUACACAACGCCAUCGACAGGCUGCUUUCGCUGACUCUCCUGGCUUUCGAAGGCCUGAAUGCGGCCGCCUCCAAGGACCGAUGCCUGGCCUGCAUCGAGGAGCCUUUCUUCUCCCCACUGUGGCCCUUGCUGCUGGCACUCUACAGGAGCGUGCACCGCCUCCGGGAGGCCGCCCUGAGCAGGAGCAUGGAGCUCUACAGGAACGCGCCCCCGACGGCCAUAGGCGUUCCCACGAAGCUCCUGCCCCGGGGCCUGGAGGCCACAGGAGCCGGUGCCUUCCCCUACUGUGCUGCAGCCCAGGAGCUGGGGUUGCUGGUUCUGGAGAGCUGUCCCCAGAAGAAGCUGGAGUGCAUCGUGCGGGUCCUGCGGGUUAUCUGUGCCUGUGCCGAGGGUUACUGCCGGGCCCAGGAGGCUGCGUCUGAGGCCAGACCCCAGCUUGGUGCCGCAGCCAUAGACUGCCGCCCGUGGGCCCCUUGGGCCCGGGUGUUGUGUGUCCUGCAGGGCCUCCCUUGGCACCUUUUCAGCUCCCUUAGAUGCCUCUUCCGGAGGAUCGCCGCGCCUGGCUCCGAUCCCAGCGGUGCCGACGACCUGCUGCCCAUCUUGUCCUUCGUGGUGCUGAGAAGCGGUCUCCCCCAGCUGGUGUCAGAAUGCGCAGCCCUGGAGGAGUUCAUCCAUGAGGGGUACCUGAUCGGAGAGGAGGGUUACUGCCUGACGUCACUACAGAGCGCCCUGAGCUACGUGGAGCUGCUGCCCCGGGGUGCCCUGGGCAAGUAG